GGAACCGAAGUUUCGAAGUUUACGACGAUGUUAUAAAGCCGUGUACACUCAGUAUUGAAUUUAAGCAUUAUUUUUUCAUCGGUUUCCAAGUAAAAGUUGAAGUCGAGAUGGACUCGCCGAUGGCAGAGAGCCCAGAAGAGGCGCUUCCAGGUCGGUGGAACCACCUGAAGAAGAUACUCGAGACGGCCGGCCCAUUCUGCCAUCCGGACUUCGAGCCGUCCCCCGAGACGCUCAAUUUCCUCCAGCAAUUUUGCAAGGUGCUUGUUAUUGGGGCUGGAGGUCUUGGCUGUGAACUCCUAAAGGACCUUGCCCUAAUGGGUUUCCAACAAAUCCAUGUGAUCGACAUGGAUACGAUCGAUGUCUCUAAUUUAAACCGGCAGUUCCUCUUCAGGCGCAAAGAUGUUGGCUCGUCUAAGGCAGAGGUGGCAGCCAAGUUUGUUAACGCCAGGGUUCCAGGCUGCAAGGUCGUCCCUCAUUGCGCCAAAAUUCAAGAUAUGGACGAUGACUUUUACAGGCAGUUUCAUUGCGUCGUUUGUGGCCUAGACAGUAUUGUCGCCCGUAGAUGGAUUAACGGCAUGCUCAACUCUCUUCUUGUUUAUGACGAUAACGGACAAUUAGAUAGAACUUCGUUGAUUCCCAUGGUGGACGGUGGGACCGAAGGAUUCAAGGGUAAUGCAAGAGUCAUUUUACCAGGGAUAUCCGCAUGUGUUGAAUGCACUCUUGACCUCUAUCCACCUCAGGUGAAUUAUCCUUUAUGCACCAUAGCAAAUACACCACGGUUGCCAGAACAUUGCAUUGAAUAUGUGAAACUUAUUCUAUGGGGAAAGGAGAACCCUUUUGAUUGCCCGCUGGACGGUGAUGAUCCUUCUCAUAUAAACUGGGUUUAUGAGAAGUCUCAGGAUAGGGCAAAUCAGUUUAACAUAGCUGGCAUCACGUACAGACUAGUUCAGGGUGUUGUUAAAAACAUCAUCCCCGCUGUGGCUUCGACAAACGCCGUGAUCGCUGCGGCCUGUGCAACUGAAGUGUUUAAGCUUGCCACCAGCUGCUGUGUUCCGUUAAACAAUUACAUGGUCUUCAAUGACGUAGAUGGGAUAUACACUUACAGUUACGAAGCCGAGAAGAAAGUAGACUGCUUAGUCUGCAGCAACACCCCUCAGAUUCUUGAAGUCGCCGAUGGGAAACUUAAGCUCCAGGAACUCAUCGAAGUACUUUGCGAUCAGCCUUACCAGAUGAAAAACCCAGGUCUGACCGCCAGUAUUAACGGCAAGUCACGUACGCUCUACAUGCCCAAUGUUAAAAGCAUCGAGGAAAAAACCAAGGAAAAUCUGAAGAAAACACUCAACGAAUUAGGCAUAGUCGCUGGAACUCAGUUCUGUGUUGCCGAUGUUACUAACCCAAACACUUUAAUAUUUCAGUUGAAAUAUUCAACUGAUAUAGACUGACAUUUAAAACUCGAACACCUAAACUUUCAAAUUCUUAUUGUAAUUGUACAUAUUAUUUAUUUCUUAAAACGUUUAAAUAUUGGAAAAUACAAUUAUUUUUUAAAAAAUUGUGAUAUCUCAUUUGUACUCUUUUUUUUGUCUUUGAUCCAAAACUAAUUUUUAUAAAGUCAAAAUAAAAUAAUUGUUGACAA